AUGUUGCUGGCCGUUCUCAUCUCCAAUUCCGAGGGAAACAUUCUUACUGAACGAUUUAAUGGAGUUCCAGCUGAGGAAAGAUCACAUUGGAGAUGUUUUUUAGUUAAAUUGGGUGCUGACAAUCUUAAAGGCGCAAGAAAUGAAGAGCUAUUUGUGGCUUCACACAAAUCGGUUUAUGUUGUUUAUACUAUGAUUGGAGAUGUUUAUCUUUAUGUUGUUGGCAAAGAUGAGUACGAUGAACUUGCUUUGGCUGAAGUGAUCUUUAUCAUUACUACAUCAAUCAGGGAUGUAUGCCAAAAACCUCCAACUGAGAGGUUGUUUCUCGACAAGUAUGGAAGGAUUUGUUUAUGUCUGGAUGAAAUUGUUUGGAAGGUUGUCCUGGAGAACACAGAGAAAGAAAGGAUCAACAGGCUGAUUAGCUUAAAGCCUCCCACUCCUGUUUAA